AAUGGCGGACUGCAGAAAGUUCAUCAAAAUCCUCCUCCUUUGGAUUGUCUUCAUGUCAUUUUUCACUGAGAAUACAGCGUUUUGGGAUCGCCGGCGGCGACGACGGCGUAGUCCACCACCACCACCACCUCCAGAUACCACGAGACCAAGUUUCACCUACUGCCCUGGGAAUCUUGGAAAUCAGUACACAACAACAGCGUCUAAGGCAGUGUCUUGGAGUACACCAAGGGCUACGGACAAUAGUGGAUCUGUUACAGUUUCCAAAGUAUCAGGAUCAAACUCUGGAACUACGUUCAGUGUUUCCAGCUCUUCACACACCAUUCAAUACCGAGCAACGGACAGUUCCGGAAAUUAUGCUACCUGCGAGAUCACUUUUAAAGUUGUAGGUAUUCGCUGCUCCACGUUGGUAGCCCCCUCUCGUGGCCAAGUAGGAUGCACCAAUUCUAAUUUUAUCUCAUCAGUCUGUACAUACUCCUGUUCAACUGGAUACCGAGUAGUUGGUGUGACAACUCAGUCUUGCUAUCAGUCAGGCAACGAUGGAUCGUGGACCGGCUUAAAGCCGUCUUGUCAAAGGAUCACAUGCAGUUCUAUAAGUGCUCCAACCAAUGGUGCAUUGAGCUGUACGGAUGGUUCCUACUAUGGCAGUUCAUGUACCUUCUCCUGCGACUAUGGUUACACUCUUGAAGAUUCACAGCCAACAUGGACCUGCUUGCAGAGUGGCCAGUGGUCCAAUGGGCACGCUGCGGCAUCACGUUGUGUUGACACUUUGCCGCCGACAUUUACACAAUGCCCUAUGGCGCAAACCGUCUAUGCCCCAGCUCUUGAAACAUCUGCCAGUGUCUGGUGGUCAGUGCCAGUUGCCUCAGAUAACUCUGGGGAUGUUGUCAGUCUUGUCAGGGACCAAGGACCUGCACCUGGGAGUACAUUUGGAGUUGGUAAUCAAUUCAUUCUGUACAAGGUCACCGACAGUGCGGGAAAUGAGGCAGUUUGCUCAUUUUCAGUUACAGUGAAAGUUGUGUAUUGUCCUGCCCAGGCUGCCGAUCCACCUCUUCAGAUUAGCUGCCCACAGAGUAACAUCCGUGGUUCAGAGUGUACCUUUAGUUGCAGUACAGGAUACAUUCUUCAAGGCAGGCAGAACCUUCAAUGUAUGAUGGUAGAUUCGACAGGGGUAUGGAGCAGUGAUACACCGUCUUGCCAAAUUCUCCAGUGUGAAGACCUGUCUUUGGAAAAUGGUGGAAUGACAGGAGAUUGCAGCAGGGAUUACGGAUCUAGCUGCCAUUUUGAGUGCGAUGCAGGAUAUGAAAUCAACACGGACGUUCUUACAUGCGUUGCUCAGCCUGGAAGCUCUUCUGCAGUUUGGCAAGGGGAUUCACCAACAUGUACUAGAAUCCAAUGCAGGAAACCUCAGUUAACAACUGCCCUGCAAAUAUCUAUCACUUCCGAAUGCCCUUCUGGGAGCCUCGUGCCAUCGGGUAACCCUUGCAACUUUCUCUGCUCAGAAGGGUACUUCCUACAGGGUGUUGAAGAUUCGACAUGCAGAGAAGACGGCUCGUGGAGCAAUGAAUUUCCCACUUGCCAUUUAAUCACCUGUGAAGUUGCAGAUGUACCUGUCCCAAUGUUCGCUGUGAAACAAGGCUGCACAACCGGAGAAGUAAAUUACGGAACAGUUUGCACACUUUCUUGUCAAGAAGGUUAUGAAGCUACCAAAUCUAGUGAAAUGACAUGCUUGGACGAUGGAAAUGGUGUUGGGACUUGGUCUGGGGAUUCCAUCGAAUGCACCUUUGUCACCUGUCCAGUCCCAUCACCAGAGUCAGUGGGCACGACGGUAAGCUGUUCGUACUCUGGGAUAUCUACCGCAGCCUCGUUGAAACAAAACUACUCUGCCUCAUGUACAUAUGGAUGUGGAAAUGGUUAUUCAAUGACUGAGGGCACAUCACAGAGAGUCUGUUUGGCAAGUGGUGAUUGGAAUGGAAUCCCAGUUAUAUGCGAAGAUUUAACCUCACCCGACCUGUCUUGCCAUGAUGAUGUUGAUCUGAUAGCUGACCCCGGGAUGUUGUCGGCUGAGAUACCCUGGGGCCAAUGGGAGCCUCUCAUGGCCUCGGAUUUUGGUACAAGUAUUGAAGCAACUCUUUUCAGUAUUAACUCUGAUGAAGUAGGUCCCAAUCGGCCAUCCUCGUUCUCAGAAGGUAGUCAUACUCUAGGCUAUCGGGCAGUGGACUCAUCUGGAAAUGAGGUCCAUUGCUCAUUUACUGUAACUGUAAGAGUUCUGAGAUGUCAGCCGCUGCCCAUACCUGACAGAAGCAUCGUAUCAUUAGUGUCAGGAUUGGGAUCGUGUCAUGGAGGAGUUGUGUAUGGAUCGGUGUGUACUAUCAGCUGUGAGCUGGGCUAUACCUUGUCAACUGGGGGCGGGUCUCUGAACAGAAGUUGUGACAUUUCAGAAUCUGAUCAGAGCAACGAUGGAACAUGGAGUGGUCCUGAUCCAGUCUGUGAUGUUGUCAACUGCAAUGUGCCCGCAGUUACCAAUGGUUUAUCAGAUUGUCAGUCUUCUGCUGUACCGUACCUGACGCCCUGUCAGUUUGAUUGCCAGCCAGGUUAUAGGGCACCUUCAAGAGAGGAGAGUACUUCGCGUACAUGUCAAGCAGACUACCAUUGGAGUGGAAGUGAUUUCCAGUGUACUGAAAUAGUGCAGUGUCCGGCUAGAUUCAGCAUCUCAUAUGGCAGUGUAGAGCCAAGUGAAUGUUCAUCAUUCGACUUUGUUCCAUUUGGGUUUAACUGUGAGUUUACCUGCGGCACUGGCUUCGUAGUACAGGGUCUCAGAAAAUUGGUUUGUAAUACAAAUGGACAGUGGAAUCAGAAUGCUCCUCCGACUUGCGAAGAUGUUGAACCUCCCAUUUUUGAUGUCACCUGUCCUCUUAAUAUCAACAUGGAUGCUAAAUUUGCAAGCACAACUGCUGAAAUUGACUUCCAUGAACCCACUUCAAGUGACAACUCUGGAAUUGUGAACAUUACUCGACUGGAUUCUGAAUAUAUUCCUGGAAGUGAAUUUCCAGAAGGUGAUACAAGAAUUCGAUACCAGGCAACCGAUGCUUUUGGACUAAGUUCAUUCUGUGACGUUGUCAUUUCAGUCAAAGUUCACCGCUGCUCCGUCCAACAGCCGCCCCUUCACGGGGCCGUUACUGGCUGCAUUGACUCUUUCAUUGGAAGUCGGUGCUUGUUUUCAUGUGAUGUCGGCUAUAAUCUGGAGGGUACAUCAAGUUUGCAGUGUGAACUAACCUCUGAUGGGACGUCUGCAUGGAAUGACGUCACUCCAACUUGCCUCCCUCAGCAGUGUCCAGCUCUGCAAAUUCCUGAGUUUGCCUCUCUUUCUGGCUGUGAUAGUUCACCCGUGCCUUUUGGAUCCAUUUGUACAUUCUCCUGUGAACUGGGUUAUACUGGCAUUGGAGAAAGCAUGAAGACCUGUCUGGAAGAAGAGGUGUGGUCUAGUACAAGCUUUGUAUGUGAAAGAUUACCAUGUGAAGCGCUGUCUGAACCAUCAUCCAUUACGAUCUCACCAGAGACUUGUUUGUCCGGUCCACGCUUUGGUGAUGUCUGUACGCUGGAAUGUGAGCAGUUUGGUUUCAAGAUAACCCCUCCUGAUUUGAAGGAGGUUACUUGUUCCAGUGAUCAGACCUGGACUGGCGAGGUAGAACAAGCUCAAUGUGUGGAUUUACAGCUACCAGUAUUUGAGGACUGUCCGUCAGAUUUUGUUGCCUUUGCGAACAAAAGCUCCAAUAAGGCCAAUGUGGAGUGGUCAGCAGUCGCUACGGACAAUGACCCAUCACAAGAACCGGUAGUGACCUGUAAUCUCCAACCUGGGAUCUUGCCCAUAGGUGUACAUGUCGUCAUAUGCAGUGCUCAGGAUGAAGCUGAUAACGAGGCUACCUGUCAAUUCAGAGUGGAGGUCAAAGCACGUCAGUGUCAACCCCUGAUUCCUCCUGCACAUGGCAUUAUAGUGGAUGAAUGCGACAACACCCACGGCUCUACAUGCCACAUAUCAUGCUCUGAAGGGUACCGUUUGGUGGGCUCCCCAAUCGGACACUGCGAGUUCGAUGGAUCUUCGCAGAUGUUAUGGGAAUUCGAGGAAGAGGCUUCUUGUGAAGAAAUCAGCUGUGCCCCACUCGUUGUUCCUGAUUUAAUCCGAGUUUCUCCGGAAGCGUGCUCUGAGUCGGACAUUGUGCCCCGAGGGACAGUCUGUACUUUGAACUGUAAUUUCGACCUGACGUUAGAAGGCGACAAAGAACCUCUGACUUGCCUCAAUACGGGAGAGUGGGAUCGUGAACUCAAUACAGUGUCACUCCUGUGCAAGGAUAAAAUCCCCCCUACUCUCAUCUAUUGCCCACCACAUAUCUUGACUACUCGUACCGAGUAUUGGGGUGUGGAGGAAAGUUUUGUUUACCCAUCAGCAGAAGAUAACUUUGACAUGGCAUUACAAGUAACCGCUGACCCUCCAGAUUUAACGUCACCCUACAUCUUCACGUCUGAUACAACAUGUACAUACACAUUCACUGAUGAUGCAGGGAAUAGUGUGCCUUGCGUCUUCCAAAUUUACAUCACUAAUGAAGUUCAACCAAUCAUCACAUCAUGCCCAACUGGUCGUGAAAUGAUUACAAGUGAAAGAGUUGGUCUUGUCAACUGGGAAAAACCCUUGUACAUGGAUAUGCCCGGUGUUGAGUUGGUGACAUCUUGCAACACUCCCCAAAGUCCUGUAGAACUUCCCUGGGGAGAUCAUGACAUAAUGUGUCAUGUUACUGACCCAGACAGUGGUUUGCAGGCAGCGUGCAGAAUGCCCUUCAAAAUCAGACCCGUUCCCUGCGCGGCUCUUGCCAUCCCUGCCCAUGGAGCACUGGCCUGUGACAACUUUGCCUUUGGUCGGUACUGCAGUGUUCUCUGUGAAGAUGGCUAUGACGUCCCACGGGUAAGGUCUAGGCGAGGAAGUACAAGCACCAUGAAAUUGUUCAUCUGCGGUAACUCUGGAUUAUGGUUUCCUCAACAUCUUGUUCCUGACUGUUCAGAAACAAGGUCAUCAAGACACAAUCUACCCCUGACAAUGUACUACCCAUCACCAUGUUCUCACGAUGACACAGCAAGCACGGAGGCAGUAGCUACAAAGUUUCUUCAGAUCAUAGAACAGAGUUAUUUCCAUGAUAUUUGCACAGACAAUCACCUGUGUACAGUUGACAAUGUGAAUGUAUCGUGUGGUAGCGUGACCGACCGUAGAAGGCGCUCCAUUUCUGACAACAACAUGGACAUGGCAUCACAACGCGAAGGAUCUGACAUGAAGGUUACCAUGUUGCUCCAGGUUUCUCCCCCUAACAACCACAAUCGUGGUAUUGACGGAGAAGGAAAAGGGGCUGAGGAUAUUCUUCAUCGUCUUGCACAACACAUACACAGUCACAUUCAGCACCACAUCAUGGAAGCUGAUGGCCCAGAAUGGACUAUGGAGGAGUCAGAGGAGGGAGAGGACAUUCUUGAGGAACCUGGACAUCAGCAGUUUAAACCAGAAGCAACUUUACUCCUUGGAGAUAUUUCAUUGGAAUGCGAUCCAGGACAUUAUCUAAACAAGGAUCUACAAACAUGUGUACCUUGCCCUGCUGGCUAUUAUCUGGAUGUCGCAUCAGAGAUCUGUACUCCGUGUAACCAAGGUUUCUUCCAGGAUGAUCAGGCUCAAACUGACUGUAAGCCAUGUAAGAAUGGAACUUCAACACGAAACCAAGGAGCAACUCAUUCGAAUCAAUGCGAAGUGCUAUGCGGUCCUGGUCAUUUCUCAUCGACGGGAUUCUCUCCUUGUAUGCGGUGUGAGCAGGGUUCAUACCAAUCACUUCAUGGUCAAACCCGCUGUGAGAAUUGUCCACCUAUGUUGACCACGCCAGACCAUAGUGGAACGUCUGCUGACGAUUGUCAAGAGCCCUGUUCAGCCGGACAUUUCUCCAAGAGUGGCCUCCAUCCUUGUACACUUUGUCCUCCAGGCUUCUACCAACCACACCCACAGCGCACAUCAUGUAGAAGAUGUCCUGGGUAUACUACCACAACUAUGUCAGGAGCAAUAUCUAUCAACAGUUGUCACAUCGUGAAGUAGGAGGGUGGUUUGGGGACUUCACUUCUGGUUUAGUCCAGGAAUCCGGCCCGUUUUUAACAAUCUCCUCCAAAAGGCGAUCUCCCCCUAUUCGCUGUAAGCUCUGAGCUGGCGUGAUCCCCAAAUUUUUACCAGUGCUAUUGAUAAGGGGAAUUUGGCUAACCCGGUUGGAGUUGUGCACAAUAUAGCGAAUGCUGCUUUGGUGGGCUAGCACUCUAAAAAAUUAUUUGCCACAUGAGGUGACCAAAUGGAUCAAACUCCAAGUUGACCAGACUCUGUGUAUAGAUGCCUCUGAUUUGUAUGACUGGCUGGCCGUAUAUUCGUGGAUUUCGCUAUGCCUAUUACGCUUGCAGCGGGUAGGGGAUAGGAUUUUUGUUUAUCAUGUACAUUCUCUAUCAUGUAACUAUUUCGCAAGGAGAUGAUUUCAGUUAUUACUUUGUAGUGGUAGUUUUAAGUUUCCAAUUCGUUUGUUUCUUGCAAGCUUGGGUUGGGAAUAUUUGUUAUCCGGCUGUGUAUAGAAUAUCUGUUUCCAGUAUGUACAUAAUAUGAUAAGUAUAACAAAUAUUAGUACACCGUGCUAACAUUGUGACUUGAUUUGACGGUCAUUCCCACCUUAAGGAAAUAAGCAUGUUUUCAUUAAAAAGUUGAUUAAAGCAAGCAAGGAAUCCUUUUCAGUUUUUGUAUAACGAAUAUGUUUAUACCAAAAAGAGACCAAUUUAAAUUUCAUAUUGGCUAAUGAGUAAUACAACUUGAAUAAGAAAAAUUGAAUAAGAAUUUGGCAGAUUUUGAGAGUAUAAUGAACUUUACCCAUCGUCAAAUGGUUUGUAUAAGAAACAGGUUCUGCAAAAUGUUGAUAUAAUUAGUAAAUCAAAAAACCCUACACCACUCCUACAAAUGGAGUUUUAUGUAACACAUCGACAAGUCAUUUACCUGUGACAGUUUUAAUUUAAAUUAAUUUAAUUUAAUUUUGAUGAAGGAACUUUACAUAAUUAUCUUGAUCUAAGGAGACACGAACGAACAAAGUUUUGAUGCUAUGGUUCAGACAACUCUCUCAAUCUGAGUACAUAGACAGUUGUCUGGCAAUAAUUUAUGACGUAGCAAUCGCCAAAACGACAUCUUCUUGGAUUGUAACACUGGCAUUUAACUUUACCAUCAGUUUGCCAGUAUAAUCCUAAAUCUGAAGAGAGUGUCUAGUCCAUAGAUAUCGAAUCCCUCACAGGUAGUUACGUUUUCUACAUGUUUCUACUUGUAACUGCCCUAAUGAACUUGUUAAACAACAAACCCUUGUAUGGUCCAUGCUAUACUGAAGUUUAGGGCAAGGGUAUCUAAUUCUGUUGAUCUCUAAUGAUAUUGUCGAGACGAUUUUGCUCUGUGGCAAUUUCCACGGGGGAUAUUUUGGCUCGCGUUUUUGGAAAUAUGAAGAUUGAUUAAUAAGUGCAGUGUAUCAUGAAUGUCACAGAUUUUUUUAUAACUGCAGUGCCUUGUAAAGUUGUAAUCAAAACAAGAUCUAAAAUAUUUUCAUAUAAUGAACUGAAGGGCAAUUUCUAUACCCUAUGGUAUGCCCCAUGAAAAUCAUGUUUGGAUUACGUUGUCAUGUUUGCACAUUUCAAUAGAUGAUGUGCAAGGCUAUUGAAAUUGACUUAACUUGAAUUUUCGAAAGUAGAUGCUAUUGUGUUUUAAAAUGUGUUAUUUGCAGUGUGUAUGUUAGUGUUUUGUGAUUAUUACAGUGUAAUUGAUUGGAAACAAUCGUUAGCUCCGUUCAUUUUUUUUAUAGUCUACCGUUCAUUGAAACGAUUUGUGGCUUUCAAAUGCGUUUUCCUAAUUGUUAAUAGCGUACAUCUUAACUUGAAUAGAUAGACUGCGUGGUAUGUCUUCUGGCCUGGAAGUAUCUAUAGAUUUUGAAGAUAGCAAAAACGCACCACCUCUAUAUCUAUGCAUCAAUUUCCUCGAUUGUAAGCAUGGCAAUGUCACUAAAAUUUCCUGUUCUGUUUCCUAAUUUUCAAUAAACACAGAGAGAAAAACUCAUUUUCAAUAUUUUUGAUUGAUUACUAAUACCCAUGUAUUCCGUAGAUACAUGUCUCAUAAAGAAGUGUGUAAACAAUGUUGCGAGCAUGCAAUCAUAUACUUUUAAAUAAUUCUUGUUUAAAAAGGUUCAUCAUGUCAUCAGUUCAGAGCCAGGCGGGCAUUCUCUCAUAUCAAUUUACAUAAAGUUAAUGUCCUUCUGGCUCCAAACAGACGAUCAUGUAUCCUAAAGAAAAUAUGUUACUAUUCUUUUUUAGUUCAGAAAUAAAAAUGACUUUCUAAAUAAUCAUUAA